GUUUAAUUGCCCAGAUCAUGUCAUCGUCAUUAAACUGUCCGCUCGCUGUAAAACCCUAAACCCUAACAGAAAUCUGCAAACCCUAAACUACUUCUCCAUGUCGCAUUGCAAAGUACAAAUUUUUACCAAUCCCACCAUGUUCAGUACCUUAAAUAGAUCACAUUCAUUUUCAAACACUAGAAAUCUCAUUUUUCUCAGAAAAGCUUUGUCCUUGGAAACUUACUGCACAAUAAUUGCUGCUUCACCUACUACUGAUGUAAAAUUCUCAGCCUCAAGGAGUAGAAAUUUGUUUUCCAGAAUUAGCCCUAUCAGACAGGAUGGUCAUAUCGUUCCGGUGCUCGAUCAGUGGGUCGCUGAGGGUAGAAAGAUUAAUUAUCUUGAGCUGCAGCGGAUAAUUCGGGAUCUUCGAAGCCGUAGACGUUUUUCUCAGGCCCUUCAGAUUUCUGAGUGGAUGUCUUGUAAAGAUAUCUUUGAAUUUACGCCGGGUGAUUUUGCUGUGCAUUUGGAUCUUAUUGGUGUGGUCCAUGGAUGGGAAGCUGCGGAGAGAUACUUUGGUAAUCUGAGUGACCUAGAGAAAAAUGAAAAGACAUAUGGUGCUCUCUUAAACUGUUAUGUCAGAGAAGGCUCCUUAGACAAAACCCUUACCCAUAUGCAGAGGAUGAAAGAUAAAGGAUAUGCUUCAUCUCUUGCGUACAACAAUCUCAUGACCCUAUACAAAAAGACAGGCCAACUCGAGAAAAUUCCUGAUGUUCUGUCAGAAAUGAAGAGGAAUGGUAUUGCCCCGAACAACUUCAGUUACAGAAUUUGCAUAAGAUCGUAUGGAGAGAGAUCUGAUCUAAAUGGAAUGGAGAAGCUCGCGGAAGAAAUAAGGAACCAACCUGACAUCUCCAUUGACUGGGCUACUUAUUCUAAUAUGGCAUAUUGUCUUAUAAAAGCUAAUGAAAAGGAGAAAGCACUUCAUUAUUUGAAGAAACUAGAAGAAAAGCUCGAUAAGGAUGCAUUGGGCUAUAAUCACUUGAUUUCAUUAUACGCACAUCUUGGGAAUAAGGACGAGAUGAUGAGAUUGUGGGUUUUGCAGAAGGACGCAUGUAAAAAGCAAAUUAACAGAGACUACAUAACCAUGCUAGGUUCUUUAGUGAAACUCGGUGAGUUUGAGAUGGCUGAGACAUUGCUAAAGGAUUGGGAUUCUUCUUGUCGCAUGUAUGAUUUCAGAGUGCCAAAUAUACUCCUGAUUGGGUACUGUCAGAAAGGUCUAAUCGAGAAGGCUGAGACAAUGCUUCGAGAUAUUAUGGCUAGGGCAAAGACUCCAACACCAAACAGUUGGGCAAUCAUUACUGCUGGGUAUUUGAAUAAGGACAAUAUGGAGAAGGCUUUUGAGUGCUUGAAGGAAGCUCUCGCCGUGAAAGAAGAAAACACAGGAUGGAUGCCAAAACCCACAAUAAUUACACGGAUAUUGAAUUGGCUUGGUGAAAAAGCAGAUCCUGAACAGGUUGAAGCUUUCUUGAGGUCACUGAGGACGGUGUCUCCAGUAAAUAGACAUAUGUACCACACCUUAAUAAAAGUGAAUAAAAGAGUUGGGCGAGAAGUAGAUUCGAUUUUGGAAAGCAUGAAAGCUGAUCAAAUAGACGCAGAUGAAGAAACAGAAAAGAUUCUUAGCUUAGGAUGAAGGGAUGUUAUUGAAUCGUGAUUUCAGACACGUCUUGUUUGGUUAUAUCGGCGUGUUUGAUUGUCUUCAGUUUAGAAUAUUUAUCCGAGAGACAUGAGAUACUUUCAGUUUCAUCAAAAAUCAAAACUGUGUAAUGCAUCACACACAAACAUGGGAGCAUAAGGCAUGCAGCAUCACUAUGCGCUUUGCACAGCUGAAUUUUCUUCACAUUUUUUUUUUCUCUUGUUGGCAUGAUUAUGCCUUUUUAAUGUCUUUACAGUUUAGUGUUUUUCAUUUCAAUUUUGUAUCUUUCGAGAUUAUUUUGUAAUUGUGAAGAGUUCUUACUGUCUUACUAAAGAAAUUAUAAAAGAAAAAUGUGAUUUGAAAUUAACAGUAGCCAAACAUGGGCUCACAGUAUGAUCAGUGUAGUGUACUUUUUCCAGUCCAAUGAACAGAAGUGUGAAACAAUAAAUUCUAACUGAAGUCGUGGUGAAGGAAUACUUUUGAAAAGCGUUUCGACCUAUUUAGAAUGCGAUUUUAAGGAUAGGCGGCUUGAGUCCACACAAAUUCUCUUCGACGAGCGAUAGCUCACACUAUGGCGAGGGAUCGAAAAGAAGCUCCUGGAGAUAAAAGUAGAGCAUCUCCAUCCAAUAGACGUGUCUACUACAAAUACGAUUCGGAACCCGAUCUAGGUUUAGACUCAGAAUUCGAUGAAGAACCUAGAAAAUUCGAGGGUGUCAAAAAAUGUAGAUUUUGAAGAACCUAGAAAAUCCGAGUGUAUCAGAAGAUGUAAGUCAGCAAUCCCAGCAGGCAUCACUAGUUUACAUGGAUGAUGAGCUGGAUAGUAGCUCUUUGGAAGCACAAGCACAGAAGUUUCUGGGAGAUAAAGGAAGAGGGUAGAUAAUCUAACUAGUUACCUAUCAUUUUGUUAUGCGGUUUUCAUUUUUUUUGUAUAGCUCCUUUCCUUUGUUUUCACCCAACUAGUUGUAACUAACUAGUUAUGGAAUAUUCUUUCUGUUUUCCUGAUAAUUACUGAUUGAAUUGUACACUAUAGAUACAAGUGAGUGAAUACUACAAGAAAAUUCU